GUACCUUUUUUCCCCCUUUUAUUAAGGAUCAGUAUGGUAUGCGCAUUUUGUUUGACUUGAAUCGUGAAAAAGAAACAGAAUCAAGAAAGAUGCAACCAAACGGGAAUGGUUUUGUCUCCUCGGAAGAGAAUAGAGAUGAUCAAUUACGGAUGAUGGAUUACUGAAAUAAAUUCAAGAUUAAUUUGGAAAAUAAAUAAGAAAUUGAAAGAAAAAAGAAGAAAAUUGGACCCUCUCCUUCUGCAACUCACGCCCAUACCCCUCAAAAUUCCGCUGCUUGUAUGAUUCACAUCUUUCUAAUCUCCUUCUACUCUCUCUUCAUCCUCUUCCUCCCCACUUGUAAUCUGUUGAAAACAAGAACCCAGUAACACACACAACACGCACUCCUCACUUUUAUAUAUGUAUGUAUGUAUAUAUAUAUGGAGUAUAGUACUGAACUCAAGUAGGAAAGAGUUAUGGAAAGUUCCCUUCUUUUUCCACCAGUGAAGCGUCCUAUCUACACCACUUCCACCACUAUGCACGAACCCAACACCAAUAAUACCACCCACCUUCCUACUUCCGCCGCCUCCCGCCGCUCUAAGCCCCCACAACCGCCGCUUUCUGUCCCUUCAGGCCAUAUAGCCUUCCGCCUGCUUUGUCAUGCGUCCCGCAUCGGUGGGCUCAUCGGAAGAUCCGGUUCCAUCAUCAAGCAACUUCAGCAACUCACCAACUGCAAAAUCCGGGUCGAAGACCCGACCGACUCCAGUGACCACAGGGUUAUCAGCGUUGUUGCCUCGCCAGCUAUUAUUCACAAGAUUAAAAUUUCUGCGGCUGCAGCGAAAGAAGAGGAAGAAGAGGCCAGUGAAGGUAUUGGUGAUUAUGGGAAUGAGGAGUGGUUUGAUGUGUCGGCGGCUCAGGCCGGGAUAGUGAGGGUGUUUGAGAGGGUGGUGGAGGUGACAGCUGAGGGGGAUGAUGUGGCCGCGAUUGAUGGAGUGGUUUCUUGCAGGCUGUUGGUGUGGAAGAAUCAGGGAGGGGCGGUUAUAGGGAAAGGUGGGAAGGUGGUCGAGAAAAUUAGGAAGGAUACGGGAUGCAGAAUUAAGGUUUUGACUGUCGAAGGCUCGUUGCCCACGGAUGAAAUCGUGGAGAUUGAAGGUAAUGUUCUGGCAGUUAAGAAAGCACUUGUUGCCGUCACUGGUCGCCUUCAAGAAUUUCCACCACUUGACAGAACAAGAACUUUUGGGACAAGACCACUUGAGACAGAGUCUGUACCUAUUCCAUCUGUGGAUCUUCCCCUGCAGCGGGCUCCAAUACUCCCACAGAUGCCUUCAAACUCUGCAAAUCAUGCCUCAGGAGUUGGUCCUUCAUCUUUAGAAUCUGAGAAAGCUUCCAAUAUGGACUAUAGAACACCACAACAAGAAAUAGUUUUUAAGAUACUCUGCCUCAAUGAACGAGUUGGUGGCAUUAUUGGCAAGGGAGGAUCCAUAGUCAAGGCUCUUCAAACUGAAACUGGUGCUUCUAUAAGCAUCGGGCCAACUGUAGCUGAGUGCGAUGAACGGUUGAUAACCAUUACUGCAAUGGAGGGUGUAGAUUCCCAAUACUCGCCUGCGCAAAAUGCUGCUGUUCUUGUGUUCAAUAGGUCUAUGGAGGCUGGUCUUGUGAACGGAAUGGAUUCAGAUGCAAAAGGAUCGCUUGUAUCAGCUCGAGUUGUGGUACCAUCAAACCAGGUUGGCUGUUUGUUGGGAAAAGGAGGUGCAAUAAUUUCAGAGAUGAGAAAGGUGACUGGUGCUGCACUAAGGAUAUUUGGGGGCAACCAAGUUCCGAAGUGUGCCUCAGAAAAUGAUGAAAUUCUACAGAUUACAGGAGAGUUUCUAAAUGUACAAGAUGCUCUAUAUAAGGUGACUGACAGAUUGCGAAGUAACAUGUUCUCCAUAAGAAUGUCAACUGGAAGUGGCAAUCGUAAUUUUUCGAGGACCGAGAAUAGUGCCUUUGGCAGAGUAAGGGAUCCACCUCCAUUUGGAUCACAGUUCUCUGUAGGGGGCUCAGAUAAUCUCAACGAUCUGAAGUCCUUGAGUGAGAGUAUGGAUCAUCUUGGUAUUUCCAAUAAUAUAGAUCAACCAUCAUCACCAAGUUCAUUGACACCAACUACAGUUUAUGGAGUAAACCAGCGAAAUGUUACAGAUAUUGGUGAAAGAUCACCUUCAGUUAUAAAUGGUGUGGAACUUGGCAGCAGUGGAAGCAGAUCAGCUGUUGUGACAAACACGACAGUUGAGAUUGUUGUCCCUGAUAAUGUGAUUGGCUCCAUUUACGGGGAGAAUGGUAGCAAUUUGUCUCGUCUGCGCCAGAUAUCUGGAGCCAAGGUCAUAGUGCAAGAACCUCGUCCUGGAACAACACAGAUAACUGUCGUUAUAUCUGGGACACCAGAUGAAACACAAGCUGCCCAGAGCCUGCUCCAAGCAUUCAUGCUAUCAUGAUGAUAUCAUGUGGCUCUCUUAAGGAUCUUUAUAUUUUUCCUUUCUUGGUAAUUUUCUCAAAGAGGGACAGCCAGGAAAGCGCGAUAAUUUUGAUUAGUAACUUAAUUGUGUGACAGGCUAUAUAUAUAUAUGUAAUCCAAAGUGAUGAUGACUGAUUAUUAUAGAUUAGGGUCCUGACCAUCUUUUUCUGGCCUGGUGUACAGUCAUAUUUAGUUUGAGAUGUUGAGCUGUUAACAACAGGACAUCGAGACAAACAACAUCAAAUUUCAUGACUUUGAUAUGUUCUCUUGUUAAA